CGGGGCCCUGCGGCACCCCGGCGGCUGGGCCGAGCCCCGCCGGGCGCGGCGCCGCCAGCCGCCCGUGGGCCGGGGAGCCCCCCGCGCCGCGCCCGGCGGCGGGGCGGGGACGGGCCGGGAGAGGAAGGGCAGGGGUGCGCGCUGCCUCCCGCCGCCGCCGCUCACUUCCUGGUUCCUCCCGGCGGCCGCCCCACCUCCUCGCAGAGCUUAGCAUGCAAGUAUGGACAUAAUAGCCUAUGAUGAUUACUCCAGUCCACCGCUUCAGAGAUAUUGAAAGGAAACCUGAAUACCUCCAGCCAGAAAAGUGUGUUCCACCUCCAAGCCGCGCUUCCCUGGGAACAAUGUGGUUUAUUCGAGAUGGCUGUGGUAUUGCAUGUGCUGUCGUUACCUGGAUGCUGGUGUUCUAUGCCGACUUUGUAGUCCUUCUUGUCAUGCUAGUUCCAUCGAGAGAUUAUGUUUAUAGUGUCAUCAAUGGCACACUGUUCAACACCUUGGCUUUCCUCGCUUUGGCGUCACAUUUUCGUGCUAUGCUGACAGACCCAGGUGCUGUACCCAAAGGUAAUGCCACAAAGGAGUUCAUCGAGAGUUUACAGCUAAAGCCAGGACAGGUGGUUUACAAGUGCCCAAAGUGUUGUAGCAUCAAACCUGACAGAGCACAUCACUGCAGUGUUUGCAAGAGGUGUAUUCGGAAAAUGGACCAUCACUGCCCGUGGGUCAAUAACUGUGUAGGAGAGAAUAACCAGAAGUACUUUGUACUGUUUACAAUGUAUAUAGCACUGAUUUCCCUGCAUGCUCUAAUCAUGGUGGGAUUUCACUUCUUGUAUUGCUUUGAAGAAGACUGGACAAAGUGCAGUUCCUUCUCUCCACCAACUACGGUGAUUCUUCUCAUCCUCUUGUGUUUCGAGGCUCUCCUGUUUCUCAUCUUUACCUCAGUUAUGUUUGGGACCCAAGUACACUCCAUCUGCACUGAUGAAACGGGUAUUGAGCGUCUUAAAAACCAGAAGCCAACCUGGGAGAAGAUCAGCGGCUGGGAAGGAAUGAAGCUGGCAUUUGGUGGUGCCUUCUCCUUGGGCUGGUUCAAUCCCUUUUCGAACCUGAACUGCAGGAGCCCAGUGCCGGCUGAAGCGGCAGCAGCAGCUCCUGCAUCUGCAAUAUUGACCCAAGAAGAAAUUGAGCAGUUUCUCACUCGAGAUGUUGCCGUCCCAGUGUUACAUGAAUAAGCAAAGCAUUCUCCAAGGUGUCAAGAGCAGCUUUCAGGUGGUUCUUUUUGUUUGUUUUUAAUAACUGCUUUUGCUGGAGAUCUAAAGGGUUGUUUUUUAACAUACUUUGGGUGCAUUAAAAAAUUCAGAAGUAUUUAUCUGGAAGCUGGGUACAGCACUAGCAGAAGCAAUGCAAAUCUCCAGAGAAAGCUUUGUAAGGGAUGAGAUUCAUAAUCUCCUUCUUGGACCUGUGACAAGUGCUUCAUUGGGCUUUUCUUACUUGGCCUUUAAGGGAAGUUUAUAAUUGUUGGAUAGGUUGGCCCCAGCUCCCAGAAAUGUGCAGUCCUAAGGAGACUGGUUAAUCUUUUGUUGUUACAGCUUCUUGGAGGGCUAAAUAAUAAACCAUGCGCAAUGGCCAGAUUAGCCCAGACCCAAAGGUUUUCUUGGAGAAAGUGUCCUUUUUAGCUCUUUCUGUGGAUUAUGAAAACCACUGGUGCUCAGGUCUUGGCAAAGGUGGAAUACCAGACUACAGGCACAGCAGAUGGGUGAGCUCACCGUGGGUAUUAUUCCUUUGGGCUCCAAAAUAUCUCCAGGGGUACAUUUUGACCCUCUGUGCUCGUGGGGCUGCCCAAGACUUUGGCUGAGAGGACAGCGAGCUGGUAGUGCUGCUGGGCUAGCGGGAGCCUUCAUCCACAGCCAGCACAACCGAGAGCGGGCAAGUACUGGCCAAGUUUUCAAGCUGCUGGUGGGGAAAAUCUUUCGCCAGGAUGUGCGGUUCCUGAGCACGUACGAUGUGUGGAGCGGGAGCUGCCUGGCCGAGCUCUGCAGCCCAGAACACAGGCAGCUGGUCUAGGCUGGGCACCAGGGAUAUUUCUGCCAUAAAGAAGAGGGUGAUGCGUGAGCACCCUGCUGAUGGAGGUACUGGCUCUCUCCAUUUGUCUUGUCUAAUUUAGAUGUCUGUCUGUCUUUUGUUUGUUUUUCCUUGAUGGCCAGAGUUAGCUGAGGAUGAAUAUUGCUUCUUAAUCAUACUAGGGUUUAACAUUGUGCUGUUAUUUCCUUAUGCUAAUUUUGCAGCCAGCUCCUGGAGCACAUUGGUGAGUGCAUAGCAGGAGCGUGCAUUGCUCAAGGAAGGCGUCACUGCAGGUGGCAGUAGUUGCAGCAACGUCAUGGGGAGGUGAUGCUAGCCGCUGCAUCCAAACACGCUACAAACACUUGGUGUGCUCCAAAUGUCAGUGUGGUUUUAGUUCAGACUGUUUUUCAGGUUUGUUUGUUUGUUUUUCUUCUUCUCAUGUCCCUUAGCUCAAUUGUCAGUAAAUUUUGCAGGAUAUUAGAGACGUGCUCCUGGUUUCCUCCCCCCCACAGGACGAGCUUGCGUUCAUCUCCCCCCCCUCUAUAAUGUGGACCAAAGAUAACUGUUUCCUCUCAAAAGUAAAAGAAAGGAGUUUUGGGGAUGAAGGCAUAGUAUUGCGCAAGACCUAGAUGAAGUUUUUAUUAUUUAUAGAAGCAAUACCAAGUGCAAUUUGUGCAAGACGUAUUAAUGGUGUGACAUUCAGGGAUACUGUGAAGGGAUGAGAUUCUCUUCUGCUCUUGUCCUCUGCCACAGCAGUCCCUUUUUCUGGCAAAGGGACUGGGAACAAACUGAGUGCCGUGACUGUUAGGAGCACAGCUUGGCUACAACCUAGGGAGUAUUCUCAAGCAGUUGUUCUAUCCCGUAUCCCCUCUGGAUGGCCCCUCUUUUUCAAAGGAAAUUAGAUUUAGAAAAAAAUGGAUUUAUAAAAGCCUUUUUUUGUAAAGAAAAACAGCCUGAGUUUGUGGAGGAUUGAGGUGUACUCUCCUGUAAUUUAGACAUGAGGCCUUUGAACGUCAUUGCUCUGUGCAACAGCGUGAUAGCGAGAGAAGAAGCUCUCCUGCUCCUGCACCAGCCUGCGUUCAUAGCAUCAUAGAAUCAUUUCAGUUGGAAGAGACGCUCAGGAUCAUCGAGUCCAACCAUAACGUAACCUAAGUCUAGCACUAAACCAUGUCCCUAAGAACCUCAUCUAAACGCCUUUUAAACACCCCCAGGGAAGGUGACUCCACCACUUCCCUGGGCAGCCUGUUCCAAUGCCUGACAACCCUUUCUGUGAAGAAUUUUUUCCUAAUGUCCAAUCUAAACCUUCCCUGGUUCAACUUGAGGCCAUUUCCUCUUGUCCUAUCACUUGCUACUCGGGAGAAGACACCAACACCCUCCAUGCUACAACCUCCUUUCAGGUAGUUGCAGACAGUGAUAACAUCUCCCCUCAGCCUCCUUUUCUCCAGGCUGAACAGCCCCAGUUCCCUCAACCGUUCCUCAUCAGACUUGUGCUCCUUUGCCAGCGUCCCACAGGAAAGGGACAUCAGGGACAUAUGCAGAUCUAUAAGGGAUUUCCUAUAGGGAGCAAUAGGGAUGUUGAAGGAGGAAAAGUAAAAGUGCCCUUUUUAGCUUAUGUUUUCUACUUUUGGCUUUCUGUUCAGCCUCUACAUCCAAUUAAUUCCCUGCCUCUGGUGCUGUCUCUGCAGAGGGAAUGUGCUAUGGAGUCCUGGGGGAAGAAACUAGUUGAUAGUUGAAAAUCACCUUGAGGCAAGUGCAUGGGGACAUCAGCUCAGGAGAGACCCCCCCCCUUGCCCUAUGUUUUGGUGAUGCUUCUUGGAACAUGGACCCCAUUUAUGUAUGUUUGGGUAGGCACAGGUAGAAGCAGAGUGUUUCCUCCUCCACUCUCAAAAAAAAUGGUUCUCCCCAUCAUGAGAAUAGGAAUCCUUCGCUUCUGUUUCCCACCUCUUGUGUUGUUCCUCAGGUGCUGGCAUUUCUAGGUUUUUGUUUGUUUGUUUGUUUUCUAAUAGCUGAAAUGAAAAAGCAGUGUGAAGAAGGGGGGUGAGAGCCAGAACAGCCAUCUCCUCUUCUCCCAUGGUGCAAUUAUUGUCUGAGCGAGAGACAGAGACAUGGCCCUGUGCCUCACACGGAGCCAUGGGCAGCCAGCCCAGCUCUGGUUCUGGUGCCCCCAAAGACUUUGUAGGGUGACUUUCUAUGUCCAGCAAAUUGCUUUUCUUGGUGUCUCUUUGCUGUCAGACUCCCUUGUUCCCCUCUUCUUCCUCCCCCCCGAAGUCCCAGCACCCCUUGGUGUAUCUCCUCCAUCUUCAUAUUGUGUGGCAACUGUCAGAAAUUGCAAAAAUUACCACAAGUUGGAAAAAUCUGUUUUAUCCACAGCUCUGGCAUAAACCUCCUUCUUUAAUGACUACCUGGUAGCUUGAAACCAAAUGUGAUUUUCAUGAAAUUGAAACCAAACGCACCGUUUUCCUUCCCUUCCCUCCAUGCCCUCCUUGCCCCUUGUUAAAUUGUGCCUUCACCUGCGGGCCAUGUUCCUGCAGUCCCGGCUGGCUCGCCGGACACCUGGGGAAGGUGUUCCUUGAGAGCAAUUGCAGUGCUGCCAACUGCUGGAGGUCCCAUCGCUGCUUCGGUGCGAGGUGUUGAUACGUGAUGGACAAGGUCGUGGCAGACGUGGAAAACGGUCUUGUACUUCUUAUCUGGUGUCUUCUACAGCAGGUUUUCUAUGCAAGAAUUUACAUCUCUUAAAAAAAAAGAUAUAUAUAUAUAUAUAUAUUUUGCUGUUUGUAACUCCUUUUUAUGCCUCCAGUCACUAUUGUACUUAUUAAAGGACUAAUGCUCCAUCUACCAAGGCCCACCUGCUCUUCCCUUCCCUGCGGUCGCCGUGCAGACCCUGUGCCUGCUCUGUCUGGGGAGAGGGUCCCCUGCUCCCAGCCCGGUCACCACCGAGGUGGCCUUGCAGGGACCCAGCGUUACCAUGGGGCACCAAGACACCCUGGGCAGAGGGGUGGUGGGGCCUGUUGAGUCUGACUUCCUUUUGUGGCCCAGCUGCCACCCUUGGGCGCUCCUCCAAGGGUUCCCUAAAUGUUUGAAAUGCAAAGCAGUGGGCAAACCUUUCUUUUUUUCCUGCUCCCUUUUUUUCCCCUCUUCUCUUUUUCCUCUUCCCUUUUUUACCCCCUUCCCUUUUUUUGCCUCUUCCCUUCUUUUCCCCCUUCCCUUUUUCUCCCUUCUUUUGUUUCUCCCUCCCAUUUCAUGGGCUGCCAUGUAACCAGGCAUAGUUGCUGUUUUUUGGUGGUUUUUUGUUUUGUUUUGUUUUUUCCCACUCUGCAGCCCGAAUGCUUCAGCAUUUGCCUUUUAAAUAAAUAACGACAACAACAAAA